CAGCUUGCGCUUUCUUGGCUCCCCUUGUUACACAGCCUCGGCUUUUGGCACUGAACGUCUACGUUUCUUUGCUCUACUCUCAUCAGUCAUCACAUCGUGAGGCAUGGACAGACCACAGGUCUCAAUACCGCCCGCUGCGGACGUGCUUGGCGUAAGUAGAGUCACCACGUUUGAUCUCAGGGACUAUACUAAUCUGUGGUUGCAACGUACAGACACUAGGAACUGCUGCUGGUGUGUUCAGAUCAUCCCACAAAUAUGGCAUAAUUAUCGGCGAAAAAGCACCGAAGGCCUGCCUGGCACGAUGCUCAUUCUCUGGUCAAUAUGUGGUGUGCCAUUCGGCGUUUACGCAAUCGUCCAGAACUUCAGUUUCGCCCUUCAGUUCCAGCCUCAGGCUUUCGCUGCCCUCACCCUCAUCUCAUGGGGCCAAACACUCUACUACCACAACAAGUGGAAAGCAUGGACUGCCACCGUCGCGACGAUCCUUCUGGCAUUAAGUUUUGGCGUCAUGGAAGUGAUAUUGAUCUUCACACUUCAAGGCCCUUACGAUCGCGGUGUCAAAUGGCCGAUGAUGCUCAUGGCGAUCUCAGCUACGCUGAUCCAGAUCGCUGGACUAAUACCACCGUACUUCGAGCUCGCCAAACGCAAUGGUCGAGUUAUUGGAAUUGACUUCUGGUUCCUGCUCAUCGACUAUGCUGGCGCGUUCUUUUCACUCAUGGCAUUGAUUGCACAGCAAUGGUUUGACAGCCUUGGCGGGAGCUUGUACAUUGCAUGUAUGGCACUCGAGACUGGCAUCUUCAUGUCGCAAGCGAUCUGGCUGUGGCGUGUCCGGCACGUCCGGCGAGAAGCAAAGAAGGCAGGCAAGACCUAUGACGAAUACGUCGCCGAGAACCCCUCGAAGAAGAUCCCGCGAUCCGAGUCGUCCGAGACAGUUGUCGACGUCGAAGCAUGCCACGACACAGAGAGGCAUGACAGCUUGGGGGCGGAGUCUCAGCCUUCGUCGAAAGAGGAGCAACACACAGAUGCAAUCCCCCUAUCACAUUGGGAUAGCUUCGUCCAGAAGUGGAGGACCCUGGUACUCAGGCCGGCUCCUGGUGCCCAGUCAUGAUCGUUAUGUUUUUUUAACAGCGUGGGUGGAUGUUUGUCUUGAAGCCACUUGGCUUGAUCAAAAGUCAUUGCAGUAAAACCACGAGAUCAUAAUUUCUUUGACAAGCAGUAAAAGUAGAUGACCCAUGACCAGGGUUUGAUGACCAUGUUUCAUCCAAAGCUCUUGCUUACUUUAUGUUUUCUUCCACGUACAGCGUUUGAUCGUUU